AUCCAGGUUCUAGGAAUAGGAAAGUCACAGCUAUAUAUACCCCUUCUUGGGCUUGGAUCUAGUGUUACAGAACAGCCCCAGCCAGAUAAGGACACGACAACGACAAUGUGCAGCAUGAAUAUAAACAAACUAGCAACCAGUUCUACAAUACAGAAGCACGUCACAAAGCCAGGCAUUGAAGAACCACUGAAGAACAUGCGCCAAAACCCCCUGGAGGAGGUACAGACUGAAAAGGCAUUUGUAUGGCCUGAAGGACUCCAGUGCGAGGAGCAUAACACUGCAUCAAACAGCGAGACACGCUCAGUUCUGAUAAGGGGCUACUUCCUUCUUGCACAGAAAGGAGGGGAGAACACGGUGGCACAUCAGAGACGACAGCUCAGCGUUUGACACCGCCAGCACUGGAAGCCACUCAACAGACACCUGCAGACUCCAGUUAAGAUAAAUGACGCUGCGGUGCCAAGAUGACCUGUCCGAAUGCCGCAUGCGUGGAGCACAACUCAACCAGAGUGAACUGCUCCUACAACAUGACCUCCUGGGAAGAACACAUGUAUAAUCUGUACACCUACUUCUACCUGCUCAUCUUCAUCCCAGGCUUGCUAGGAAACAGCAUCGCUCUCUGGGUGCUGUGUCGCUUCAUAAGCAAGAAGACCAAAGCCAUCAUCUUCAUGAUCAAUCUGGCUGUGGCUGACCUCGCCCACGUCCUUUCCCUGCCACUGCGUAUCUACUACUACUUCACCCACUCCUGGCCGUUUGGGCAGGGAAUGUGCCUGCUCUGCUUCUACCUGAAAUAUCUCAAUAUGUACGCCAGCAUCGCCUUCUUGGCUUGCAUCAGCCUCCAGCGCUGUGCCUUCCUGAUGCACCCCUUCUGUGCCAAGAAGUGGAAGCGGCGCUACGACGUACGCAUUAGCAUUGCGGUGUGGCUGGUGGUAGGCCUCUGCUGCUCUCCCUUCAUCUUGAUGAGGACCAACUCAGAGCAGAAAAAUGGGACGAGCUGCUUCAAAGACUUGCCCAUGCGGAAGCUGAAACUGGGCACUGCUGUAACGAUGAUGGCCUUCGGGGAGCUCCUGGGCUUCGUGAUCCCGCUGAUCAUCAUCGGCUUCUGCUCCUACUUCAUUGUGCGCUCCUUGCAGCAGAGCACUCAGGCUGGCCACUCGGUCAAUGACAAGAAGAGGGCCUUGCGCAUGGUGCUGGUGUGUACGGGAGUGUUCCUCUUCUGCUUCGCUCCGUACCACGUCAACUUUCUGCUGUACAUGAUGGUCUCACAGGACCUCAUUACCGAGUGCACCAUGAGACAGGCAGUUAAACAGUUCCAUCCCAUCUCUCUGUGCAUAGCCAGCCUCAACUGCUGCCUGAAUCCACUCAUAUACUACUUCCUCACCACGGAGUUCCGACAGCAGCUCAGCCGUCAUGGCAGCUCAGUGCUGAGAGGCCGGCUGAUGAGUCUGGAGAGCACCUCCUCCUAUAAAGAAUGAGCUCUUCUAGACCUUCACAGGUAUGCAUUAGUAGCCAGUGUCUCCUUGCGCUGCUUCUUUCUCUCCCUCUUCUUCUCCGUGACGCACUUUUUCCACUCAUUGUUUCAAGCUGCACUGUGACGAGGGAACUGAAGGAUGGUGGCUGUAGUUUUGACACUGUAGAGCUUAAAAAAAUAACCUUGAACUGUUUUUAAAGAAGAAUUGUAGGUACAACCACAAUACAGUAUUUUGUCUGUUUGUAAUGGAGAGAACUGUCUCGAGGGUCACCACUCAGAGUGGCUGUCCAGAGAAAACACAGGACCAACAUCAGAGCAGAACUGAUUAAUCAGUACAACUGACUGUCUGGACCCUCUGAAAUACAGGACUAAAGGUUUUUGCCCAUGUUCAGACUCAGUGACCUAGUUUUAAAGGGAAGAUAAAGACAUACUGUGUUGGGUUCUUAUGUAAACGUAAUCCUAGUAGAAUGUGCUCUUACUAUGUUAUUGCACUAAAACAAACAUGAUGAAAACAAGCACUUAAAGGCGUGACGUUGCUGUCAGAGCAAAUCCUUCCAUCUCCAUUUUUGCCUUUUUUUUUGCAUGAGUUGAAGGCUCCAGCUGACAUUCACACUGUGUCAAAACUUCAUGACAGAUGGACCAAUAAAAAUGGUCAAAAAUGACUAAGAAUGCAACCCUUUUGCAUUAACCUACAUUCAGUUAAGGGGUUUUUGCCUCUCCUGUAAAGUUACUUUGUUGAGAUACGAGGUUUUUGUUCUGACAGCGAUGAUGUGUUUUAUUUUGGUGACACUACUGAAGAGCAACGUUAACAGGUUAUAGCCUUUUGUGACAACUGUCAUAAGCCUAUGUAGCCUUAUGAAUGCUGCCUCUCAGUAGAGCAUCAUCCUCAUUUUACAGAUAAUACAAAGCUGACAAAGUAAUUCUAACUUUGUUUAAUUUUAUAUGGUUUUGUAGUGAACUGAAAUAGGCAGAACUGAGAGUGUCAUAUCUUCUCUGAACUGAACAAUCGAUGUAUCACUGAUUGCCAUCAGUAAAAUGCAAGUAACAAUCACGGGUGGAAAAUACUUGAGUAGUUUUACUUUAUUUCCAUACUGAAGUAUUAUUGAUUUGUACUUUAUUCAAGUAUUAUUGGAAUUAAAUACUUGUGCUUUUUUUUUUCUUAAUUACAUUUACAGAAAAAUUGUUCAUUUAGCCCUUUAAAGUGUUCAUUACAUACAUCUAUAAGGCCAGGAGGUUUUUCUCUUACCGACCAUCACUUGAUCUGAGCUCCUGAACAUUUGAAGGUAUUGUUUUUUUAUUAAACACCCAACCAAAUUCAUCUCAUGGUAAUUCAAACCCCUAACUAUGCUAAUUUGUCUUUGUGCAAUCGAUAUUUUCAAUUUCACUCAAGUAGAUUUCUGACUCUGUACUUCCGCUUUGAGUAAGAUUUUGACGAAGUACUCAAACUUUCACAUAAGUAUUGUUUCGCUGUACUUUUUCCUUCCCGGUAAUAAUAAUAGUAGUAAUAAUAGUAAUAAUAAUAAGCUAAAGCAAUUGUAGGCAUGUUUAUUCCUGUCAGUGUUAUAAGAGGUUGUAAAUAAAAUCAUUGAUGAAUGCUUU